AUGCCAAUCCUCGGCGGCAAGAACAAGUUCAACGCCAAACCCCCGGUCAUCCGCGUCGAAAAGGUCGAGGUAGCCGCCCCGAAGCCACGACCGAGGCUCCCGCACGCGACAUCGUCCAACUCUUCCGCUAGACCUUCCCCGCGCGCCUCGCCGAACCCCGCCAGCAGCAGCAACAAGUCGCUGCUCUCUCGGAAGAAGAGCGCCUCGCCCUACCCCUCGUCGUCGGACGAGAAGCGGACCGUCGAGCGCAAGCGCAAGGUCGGCAGCGCGGGGCCCUCGCAGCCCAAGUUCGACAAUGACUCCGACAGCGACGAGGAGGGGGACUUUAUCCAGAACCUCGAGGUCCGGAAGCGCCAGCGCCUCGCCGACGGCCAGCUCAUCGACACGAAGCGCGUGCUGACCCGCGCCAGCGCUUUUAAAGAGGGGCUGCGGGACCUCAGCAGGCUGAUUCACGCCGCCGACAUCACCAACGUCAAAUCCUGCCCCAAGGCCAAACGCGUGCUCGGUGCCACUGAGCAGGAUGAUAUUCGAGUCAGGCUGCAAUACCCGAGUAUGUACGGACCGGAAUGCUACGAACUGCUCUACGAGGACGGAAAGAUCGAUGCAAUUAAGGAUAUCAUGGAGGUUGUCAAAUUCGUCGCCGACGUUUACCUCACGAGGGAGCAGGCGGAAGAGUUCCACGACCCGAAUACCGGCAUCAUCCGGCGCUUGACCAGGGCGAAGAACACGGGCGACUUGAAAGGCUUCACAACAGCCCUGAAAGAUGCGAACAAGAGAAUCCGUGCUCUCGCCGCCGACGGUACAAUACGCAGCAAUUUGGAUAAGAUGCAUGGGCUGCCGCGCGAGCUGGUCGAGUUCAUCCUCAGCCAGGUCUACGACCGCACUGUUUCACCAGACGUGGAAAAGCUGAGGCAAUACAAGAACGGCACGGAUAACGUGUAUGGCGAGCUAGGCUACCUAUUCAUUACCGAGAUCCUGCAGGAGAGGACACGAAUGACGUCCGACCAAGUCUUUGUCGACCUGGGCUCCGGCGUCGGUAACGUGGUGUUUCAGGCCGCGCUGGAGAUCGGCUGCGAGAGCUGGGGCUGCGAGAUGAUGGACAACCCCUGCGAUUUCGCCGAGGCCCAGGAGAAGGAGUUCGGCGCCCGCUGCAAGAUGUGGGGCCUCCUGCCGGGCAGGGUGAACCUCGAGCGGGGCGACUUUACCAAGAGCACCAGGAUACAUGAUGUCCUUAAGCGUGCCGAUGUCGUGCUGGUGAACAACCAGGCUUUCACUCCUCAGCUGAACAGUGCGCUCGUUAACAUGUUCCUUGACUUGAAGAAAGGGUGCAAGGUUGUCUCGCUGAAAUCCUUUGUCAACGAUCAGGGGUCGCGGAACAUGAAUGACGUUGCAAACAACAUCCUCGACGUCGAGCAACUGACCUACCCCGGCGGAGGUUAUGUCAGCUGGACGGAUACCGGCGGCAGCUAUUGCAUCUCGACCAAGAAGUAG